UUUGUGUUUGUUUGGAUUUUUGAUUGACUUUGUCUUUUAAAGGUGUAUCAAUUUGGACCAAAAAAGCAACAACAAAAUGUUCAAACUCCUCAAGUAAUAAAUCUCCGGGACUGUCAGCUCAACGACACCGUGUGAGUGCCAGUGUGCGUAUCUGGUUGACCAACUUCAACGCCCACCCGUCGGUCUGGUCUGGUCUGGCUAUGGCCCGGCCUGGUCCGCCUGGUCCGGCCUGCUCUGACGGGGCUGACAUGACAAGCGUCUCGAAGCCAAGUGAAUCAAUGAAGUCGUUUUUUCUGCUCCUUGGACUACUCCUGACCUGUAGCCUUCUUGAAGUUCAAUCAGCGGAUCUCUGUCCCACCGUCUGCCCGGCAAUCUACAAUCCAGUCUGCGGAGAGACCCGAAUAAAUGGUCGACUGGUGCGCUGCCAGUUCAGCAAUAGCUGCGUCAUGGGAGUCAGCGGUUGUGUCAAUAGUCUGAACUGGUGUGCCACGGACUUGAGAAAUUGCAGAGUGAAUCCAGAUAUUUGCAAAAGAUUGGGAGGAACAGGCCCAACUGUGACGUGAGUUUGCUCUGCAAAUAUUGUCGUCUUGGCAGAAUAAAAGUUGAUUUUUUUGUUUGUGCUAAAAUACAACCGAUGUCAGCAAAUUUUUGACGUCUUCUCGGUGUAGGGUACUCGUAUACGCAAAACUUAAGACUUAAGA